AUGAACCAAAAAGUUGUCGUUAGUUUCGCUCACGAUCUAACCAAUUUUGCAGAUGUGCAAACGCUGCUGCUGAACCAAAUGGAUUGGAAAAAUCUGCUCAACAGCGGAGCGUUGGAUGUGAACGUGUUGCGCUGUUUUCUGCGCGACAAAAACUUUUGUCCCAGUCCCUACAUUGAGCAUCGGCUCUAUGCACCUAAUGGGCCACGCUCUGGGCUGCCACUGAACAUACACAAUCCAUUGACCCUGUACAAGGGCGGUUUCAGCAAGCAGCGCGAGACGGUAUUCAUAGUGCAUGGAUUUAAUGGGACCGCCAUUGACAUGCAUCUACAAUUUCUGAGGGAUGCAUAUUUGUCGCGCGAAUAUAAUGUGAUAACUGUCGAUUGGCGACCGCUGACCCGAUACCCCUGCUAUCUGCACUCGCUGAUCAAUACGCGUCUGACGGCACAGUGCACGGCUCAGGUGUACUCGUUUCUCACACACUAUGGCGCCUCGCGUGAGAAGAUCACCUGCGUGGGCCAUUCGCUGGGCGCCCACAUCUGCGGCAUGAUUAGCAAUCACUUGACCAAGAAGCAGUAUCGCAUCAUUGGCCUGGAUCCCGCGCGUCCGCUAAUCGAGCGCAAGAAGAGCAAUCGAUUUCGCUUGUCCCACGAUGAUGCGAGUGUCAUACAGGUGCUCCAUACCAAUGCCGGCUAUCUGGGCCAAGAAGACAAUACGGGGCAUCUCAACUAUUGUGUAAAUGGUGGCCGCGUGCAACCGUUCUGCAAGGGAAAUCCGAUUAGACGCUAUCGAUGCUCACAUUUUCUGAGCAUAUGCUACCUGGCCACGGCCACCAUGAAGCACACCAAGUUCAUGGGCGUUCCCUGUCCCAAUGGCUGUGUGAAUCUGUCGGGUCCCAAGCGUCUGCCAGUUAACGGUAAAGUUAAUCCAUUCGAGUUCAUAUCACUGCUGCGAGAGUAUUAUAUAGGAAACGAUGCACCGGAUAAUGCUCGCGGCUGCAUUUGCAUUGAUGUACCAUAUGCCAAACACUGUCCAUUCACGGAUUCGUAGGAAUAGAAGCAGUGGCCCACAGUGCACGCUAUACCAUCUUGUAGAUACAUGUUUUAAGAAGCUUUAUGCACUAGUUUUAAGCAAA